AUGCAGUUAACCUACGCCAUCCUCCUGCUCGGCAUUGGUCAACAUGCUCUUGGUCAUCACCUUGAAGCCAGGAAGGAGAACUCAUGCUCGGGCAUCAAAAUACCUGAGGACUGCAAGCCAUCCUCAGGAGAAGCAUGGACAUGGCUCACAAUGAGUCAGUGCGUUCUCAAAACAUUCACGAUUGACAAACUCAUCGACUGCAUUGGAGACAAUGAUGCGAAUAUAUGCGAGAGGCUCCCUGAAUACCGAACCGACGACGAAGUCCUAUUCGACGGACUAGAUGGGAAGAAUGACGGGAAGUUUUGUAUCAAACCCCGUGGAAUACUUUGGCUAGCAGCAAGGGCGGCAAGGGAAGCCGGAGCGCCCUGUAACCUCGAUCGCAUCUUCUACUGCUGCCCCGAUGGGAACGUUGCUGGCUUCAGGUCUUGCCUCUGCUCCCAUUCUGUCACCGACGAGAAGUUGACGUGCAUGUCCGACGCCCUCGGAUUGUUGAGAAGCAAAGUCUUCAAUGGAAAGUGCGAAGAGGGGAUUCGCGACAGAGAUGUCAAUGUCAAGAAGCGGAUUCCACACCCAAUGCCCGCGAAAGACACGAAGAUUCUCCCUUGGAAGGACAAUUUGAUUGUCAAACUCAGUGAACAAUACAUUUGCUCAACCUUUGAUAGAGGCAACUAG